CUUGGUUGGUUCUACUUUAGUACCGAAUUGACUUUUAAAAAUAGUUUAGUGUUGCUGUUUUGAUUCACCCCUUCUUUCAAAAGUGAGUUAUACCUCAUUUAAAAGAUUUAGCCAUGUAAACUUGGUGAAGAAAUGGCCUCAUUCCCCAAAAAAGUUUUCCUCAUACUCACUGGUUUCUCUUUCCUGUACUUCUUCGUAUCACUUGGAACCAUAAAAUCAUCCAUACAUUACUACUUAUACCCCAGAGAGGGUAUAUAUUGCUAUAGAGAAGAUGUACCUACCAUUCAAGACAUCACAGAAGUCUCCCCUCCUAAAGGGAGCUCAAUUUUUUUUCAUGAGACCUCGUGUAAUUCAUUCUUCAACGGAAAAUUGUUCAUCACACCCCGACAGGCAUGUGCUGUGGAAUCAGCAGCUCUUCUAAAUCCUCGAAGGAUGGUUUAUCUGCUAUUCGCUUCGCCAGCAGUAUUAAAAAACGAAGGCAGCGAGUCGGAUAGAAUGUUGGAGGCCAUCUUAACCUACCCAAACGUCAGAAUACACCAUUUAAAUUACGAGAAGUACACCAAAGGCACACCUUUGGAGGAUUUGUACAGAAGUGGAGAGAUUGAGACUUCGUACUAUGCGCAGUCACAUGCAAGCGAUGUUUUAAGGUAUUUAACCCUUUGGAAAUACGGUGGGAUCUACCUGGAUCUGGAUGUAAUCGUGAUAAAGAGCCUUAGCAAUCUUCCUGGAAAUUUUGCAGGAUCAGAAUCGGAAGCCAACGUGGCGGCAGGUAUUUUAGGCUUCAACUCGACAGGAAUUGGCCACAACUUGGCCAAAACUUGCGUGAACGAUCUCAAGAACCACUUUAACGGGAAAGAGUGGGGUUUCAACGGACCUGGAGUGAUUACAAGACUCUUGAAAAACAUAUGUGGAGCCGAUAAAGCGAAAGACAUGUUGAAGAAGGACUGCCAAGGUUUUCACGUUUUCCCCCCGGAAAGUUUCUACGCGAUCCCCUGGUGGAACUGGACGAUGUUUAUUGAGGAAAAAUCCCUCAAAGAAGUGGAAAGACUAACGAAGAAAAGCUACAUGAUCCACGUGUGGAACAAGUUUAGUUCCAAAAUGAAGAUAUCGUUGAACUCCAAGGUUCCGUAUUUGAUGUAUGCGAACAAGUAUUGCCCCAAAGUUAUAAGCCAAUGUGAUAGUUAUUUUUAAAGAUUUUUUUUAAUAUAGGGUUGGUUGUACAAGACUGCGCACUUGGACUGCGCACUCUUAAACGAUCCUACCCUAGAUAAUGUAGAAUAUUACCUCACCUACAUAGGUUAUAUAUAAAAAAUGUUUUUGUUACCUAUACUGUAUAUUUUUUGACAAAAAUAAUUACUCAAAUAUUUUGUCUUUAAUAAAUUUGUAUUUUUCUAGUCUAAAAAUGUUGUAAAUACAUUUAAAUAUACUGAAAUAUGAUGUUACUUAGUUUUUGUAAAACUAAUAAAAUUAUUUGAUUAA